CACGCAGCUACCAGUUAUGAGACUCGGUUGUGCUAAGCAAUUAAUUCUCAGUAACUUUAAUUAAAACCAUUCCUGCCUCACUUGAACCUUGCGAUUUCUAAUAACCCUCUUACCUGUUGUGCCACUUGUUGCAAGCUACUAACAAAAUUAAACACUUCCUGUGCUGGUGUCAUUGAUCAACAUGACACACAAUUUUGAAUUGAAAAAUAAUGUAUAAACCUCCCCAAAACUCCAACAGAGUGAAAUCUAUAAGGAAUAAAUUUGAAAACAUAGAAAAUAAAACCAAGUCUCCAGAGAGGAACGUCACAAAAAAUGGACAUAGGAAUAACUUAAAUAAUUCGCCUAAAAAGACUGAGAAGCUCUCUGAAAACACGGAUCCCAGUGGAAAACAUGCUUUACAACGACAGUACAGUGAUCCUCUGAAGAGGAAUAUUAAAAGGACUCCAGCUUUUAGGGUGGACAAAAACAUGGAGAAAAACAAUGGUUUCCAAAGAAAUUGCUUUAACCGAAAUACUCUAUUCGAAAGUAAAGUCAAACAAUUUAGUGCCGUAAAAUCCAACUGUGAUAAUAACAGCAAUAUAAUGAACAGUAAAAAGAGUGAUUUAAAUAAAAAUAGUAACUUAAAAUCUGUGGCUAAAUGUUCAAGGAAUGUAAAUUCAAAACCUGCACCGAUAUUAUACAAAUCUAAAAGCUCGCACGAAUUUCAAUAUAUUCGUAGUAAAUUUGACCGUGGCAUUACAAACAAUAUAAAUAAAAAUAGUAACAAUUUUAAAGACAAUGAUGACAGUGAAAGCAACUUUGCUUCAAAUGAAUGUUUAAAGGGAAUCGACUUAUCUUUGCUUUACACGGAACCAGUUCCUAAGUCAUUACGAUCUAAGAAUAUUAACGAAAAAGUAAUAAACAGUGAAAAAUCCGACGAUGUCUAUACAACAAACACUUUAAAACUCAGUGAUAAAACCCCAUUGACUGAAACCGUAGAUGAAAUCUUAAAAUCGCCCAUUGACGAACCCAUUACGGAUAGCUUAACAGAUACUCUAAAAACAGCAUUGAAGAAACCUCUUCCCAGUGGUCCAGCUCCUAAGAAGCCUCCAAGAACUUUCCAGCAUUCGAACAGCGAGGAUGGUACAAACAAUAUAGAAAAAAAUAUUUCAUUCCUGCAUCUUACCAAAGAAGUCGAACAAAAAUUAAACAUUAAACCGAAACAUACACCUAGAAAAGCCGAUCCAAAAUAUAUGCUGAAUAAACUGGAAAACGCUCUGAGAAACAAUAGACUUCGAGCAAAGAGACAGGCUAAAAUCGACAUAUCGACCACAUCCGGAGAAGACAGUGACGACAGCCUCUUGUUUAGGAGCAAAACGGAUAAUAAACCAAAUCGUACCUUACCCCGAUUGCCAAGUCACACAAACGACCUCGGCGAUAACAGUGCAUUUAACCUUAACUGCUUGAACGGACUAGGCUGUGCUAACUCCAAUUACGAAAAGAUUAAAGAACCAAACUCGUCUUUUUUUGUUGGCAGAGCAGAUGAGGAACCGGUGUACGCGGAACCGUACCAUUACAGGAAGGACUCCUCGGGUCCUGUUAGGAAGCGGGAAGGAUCAGAAACUAGCAGAGAUUCUAGGAAUAGUCUGUAUUAUAUGAGCACGCCCGUGUUAGGUGAGGGAGAAAAAGUCGGAAACAUGAACGGUUCUUGCGGCAGACAGGACGACGACAAGGCUGUAGAUCUGAAAUUAAGCGGCAGUUUGAAUAGACAGAUAUCUGCUGAAAAUUCCUCCCUCUCCUCCUUCACUUCGGAUUUGGAUUCCACCCCAUCCCCCAUGGAAGAACCAGCGAGAAUAAAGAACCUAAUAGAAUGCUUCGAGUCCAGAUCUCAACAACCGGAGAACAUUUAUGGCCAUAUCGAUAGUACAAACCGAGUGGAGAACCUAAAGAAUUGCCUUCAGAAAACGCUGGAUCGAAGUUUCACGUGUGAUAGUGCCAUAAAGGACUCGGAUUCCGAUAAAAAUGACAAUGAGAAUAAGGUGGCGGACAUCAUCACAAAAUUCCAGACAUACAUCAAGAGCAUGCCAAAGUAUUGCAAGCCUAAAGUGCAUAAGGAUACCUUGUUUUACUGUUGUUUGAUCAUUGAGAAAGUUAAGGAUGUGGCGCAGAUAAAACUCAAGUACCCUUCUUGUGUUGACGUUCCCCAUAACAUCGAAGACUUAUGCUUCCCAGAAAGCGACAGCGUUCCGCUAGACUGCACCAACAGCGCGCAAGCCUAUUCCCUUCUAAUUACGAAUGACAAAGGCGAACGGAUGUUCGGCUACUGCCGCAGAGUUCUCCCCGAGGGUUCCACACACUGCCUCCCCUUAGCGUACUGCAUCUUGAGCAAAUACCGUGCCCCGAGAUUCUACAAGAAAAUCCUCACCGAACUCGAGACGAGACACGGCAUAAAGAACAAAUUUAGAGACGAACUCAUCGGCCAGUUUUACAAACAGAAGUUCCCGAAGCCGGGGGAGUCGAUAAAGAUAGACUUGACCAACGUAGAACCCAAGAUGGGUAAGACUGACAACAAGGAGAAUCUCGAGGAGUCCGUCGACCUUGUCAGUUACGUGCACAUAAAUAAAUGCGGCGAGUACGGGACCAUUAAUAAAAUAGCGAAGAAGAACACGGAAAAAGUGGAUCAGAUUUAUAUCAGCGAACGUGAUAUAAAGAAUCCUUGCGCGAUACCCACUUACAUAGUCGAGGAUGGGGGUAAAACGGAGUUGGUUAUGACGUUGCAUCCGGAUUCUAGGUACGAAGACUCGGAUUUGAAGAAACUUCACAAAUUGCCCCCGGAUAUUUUGAUGAAGAUAUUCUCUUCGCUGCUUCUGGAGAGGAAAGUCAUACUUAUCAGUUCUAAGAUAAGUAAAUUAUCCUCCUGCGUGGACUCCCUUCAAAGUAUUCUGUACCCCUUCACGUGGCACCACACCUUCAUACCGAUAUUACCCGAAGCGUUGUGGGACAUCGUCGAAAGCCCGACCCCAGUGAUAUGCGGAGUUCUCUCGACUGACGUAGUCAAUCAUCACAAAGUUGAAAACGGCAUAGUGGUAGAUAUAGACAGCAGCACAGUAUUAGUGGAAGAAGGGGACGAAAACAAAAUCCUCAGUGGCAGCAUGCAAAAGGUGUGGAAACGGAGCAUAGCGUUGGCCAAUAAAGCCGCCGCCUCGAUGGACUACGUCCAUUCCGUGUAUUUAAGCGAUGCUUAUCUGCAAGUUUUCAUAUUAUGUUUCAAAAACUACAAGAAAUAUAUAGUGAACGGUAACUUCCAGAAAGAAGAGUUCCUUAAAAAUGGCAAAACUAAAGGGAUCCGAAGGUUUCUAAAAAUGUUUACUGAAACCUACAUGUUCUUGGCCUUUUUAGACUCCGUCCUGCAAAAUCCCGAGAACCUCCUAGAGUUUGAUAAAAAAAUUCAAAUGUAUGGAUCUGAAGACUCGAGCGUUAUAUUAGAUAAGUUGUUGGAGUGGAAUAGGUAGUUUCUCGUUUCUGUAAGGAUAGUUCUGUAAAUAUGUUACAAGCAGCUUUGUUAUGUUAAGUAUUAUAAAUAUGUAAGAUAUUUUUAUACAGAUAUUAAACGUUACUUUUUUAAAA